AUGGACACAAUGUCGUCGGAACCGCGACAACACCAGGCCCCCCGCUUCUGCGCCGACUGCUUCAAGGGCACACUCCGCGGCGACACCGAGCUCAAGGGCACCGUGGAGACCGUCUACGGCCUGCCGACGUACGUCGCGCGCCCGGAGCCGGGCCGCGGCGAGCCCGCGGGCGUCGUCGUGAUUUUGCCGGACGCAAUGGGCUGGGAGCUGCAGAAUACGCGCGCGCUGGCGGAUGCGUAUGCGAAUAGGAUCCCGGCGGUUGUGCUGCUUCCUGAGUUGAUGAAUGGCUACGCCAUCCCAGCGACCGCACUCGCCAUGACCGACAAAAUGGAGGCCGAAAAGUCGUGGUGGAGAAAAUACUUCGUCAUCGCGCCCGUCAUGGUCGCGACGAUGCUGCGCUACUUGAUCCCCCUCGUCAUCGCCACCCGCUCCAGCGUCGUCGUCCCGCGCAUAGAGAACUACCUCCGCGCCGUCCGCCUCUCGCCGCCGUCUCCCCUCCCCCCCCGUCCAUCCACCUCAACGUCCUCCUCCGCCGGUGAGGCAUCCGCCAAGAAAGAUACCAAAAUCGGCGUCGCGGGCUUCUGCUGGGGCGGAAAGUUCACCGUCCUGCUCUCCCAGCUCGCCGCGGGACCGUUUGGCGGUGAGAGGCUCGUCGACUGCGGGUUCACGGCGCACCCGAGCUUCCUCACGUUGCCGGGCGACCUGGAGAAGGUGGUGCUGCCGCUGAGCGUGGCGAACGGGGACGACGAUAUGAUGAUGCCGCGGGCGCGGAUGGCGGAGGCCAAGAGCGUGCUGGGGAAGAAGGGGGAGGACUUUGAGAUUGUGGAGUACGUCGGUGCCACGCAUGGGUUUGCUGUGAGGGGGAACCCGAAUGAUCAGCGGCAGGCAGAGUUCGGGAUGAGGGCGGAGGAUCAGGCUGUCGGGUGGUUUCGGCGGUGGUUUGGGCUUGGUGCUUGA